AUGAAGAUCAUCUUAUAUGUUUUGUUCAUCUCCUUGGUAUCAGGAAUGCCUUUUCCUCCACUAAAAGCUCUUCCAAGAGCUAACAACCAUGCUCGAGGAGUCAAGAUUCCACCAUAUAUGAUGACUCUUUAUCAGAGUCUCAUGGGGAUUAAUAAUAAGGAUCUUAGAAGACCAGCUAACAACAUUCUAGAGGAGUCCGAUACUGUCCAGAGUCUUACUGCAAAAGAUUUAACAGUAGAAGAUGAUCGUUGGUCAUUGACUUUUGACCUCUCUUCUGUCUCAAGAAGUGAUGAACUAAGAAUGGCUGAACUCCGGGUUCAUCUUCAACCCUUUACAAGCUCAAGGAACGUAACAGUAGACAUCUACCAUGUCAACAAUGGUCAAAACAAACACUUCAUUGGGUCAGUCGUUGCAAAUAUACCUGAUAAUGGAAAUACGUCCUGGACGACCUUUGAUGUUACGAAGAUGAUAGAAAAUAGUCUGUGGGAAAAAAGACUGAUCAAUCAUGGAAACGAAGAUAUGAAGUCGGAAGAUAUGUCUGAUAAAAAAGAGCACUCAAGAAAGUUUAAGAAGCGUGAUGUCUCUCUGCCUGAAAUCACCACAGAUCAAGCAAUCAUUGUGUUCUUUACCAAGCACAAGCCAUUUUCCGAAACCGAUACUUCAAGCUUCAUCAAAAAAUUGGCAGUGAAGACUAUGAAGAUGAUUGCCUUUCGACGACACAAAAGGAACAAAGGUGAAAGCCAGGAAGGAAAUCCAAACAUCUUGGACCCCAUUGAGGUAGAACACCACAAACCAUCACCAUGUAAAAGGGUAGACAUGUUGGUAGAUUUCAAAGAAUUUGGAUGGGACAAUUGGGUUAUGUACCCCAAAAAAUAUAACGCUUACCGGUGUGAAGGAACCUGCCAUUCACCACUAAAGGAAACCUUAAAGAAAACAAACUAUGACUACAUAAAGAGUUUUAUCAAGUUGAAGGAUUCGGAGAGAAAAGAAUGCUCCUCGUGUGUUCCUCUCAAGAUGGCGCCACUGUCCAUGAUGUUUCAUGAGGAUAGACACCUGGUUGUCAGACACCAUGACGACAUGAUCAUUGAAGAGUGUGGGUUUCACUGA